UCUUUUCUGAGCGGAGGCGCAGCGGGAAAACAGCGAGCUCCUCUCUCUCGGCCGUUUCCGUCGUCAUGGAGACCCGCUCCGUGUACGGAAAUAGCGAUACUGCUGAAGCUGAAGCUGAAGCUGAAGCUGAAGCUAGCAACUGUGUGAAAGAUUAAUGCAUCUGUUCAGUUCCUUUGCUUCGUUUGCAGCUUUGUGUCUUUUGCUCUUUACACGGUCUGGAGUUGUUCCGGAACAGACCAGCACAGAAUGUCAGGCCAGGUGAAGUAAGAAAAAAGGAAAGAAGAGAGUAAGAAGAAAAUGACACUUUGUCUUUAUGAAUGUCUGAGAGCAGUCGGGCUACAGCAUCUCUAUGCCAGGUUUGCCUCAAUGGGUGUUUGUCAUACACCCCACCUUUCAGUGCUCACCAUGGAGGACUACCCCCUCUUGGGUAUCCACACAAUGGAGGACAGGACUCGGUUCUUCCAACUUGUCCAAUUUAUCAAAACUCUUGACCUGGAUGAUGAUGAUGAUGAUGAUGAUGAUGAUUAUGGCUACAGCCUCAGUGGAUGUGAUGAAGGUGGCACAAUAGAUUGUCACAAUAGCUAUGGAACAUCUCAUGAUGAGGAUAGUAAUGGAGCUGCUGCCAGUAAUCUAAUUGCAUCCACUUCUGCCAGACCAUCACAUGUUUGCAGACGACUUGAUUUCAGUAAUGAAACCAGUCAUCAUCAUCAUCAUCAGCGGUCAUCUCACCCUGUUGUUCACGUUAAUGUGAGUCAUGCAAGAUAUGAGGAGCUCAUCCAGGGAAAAGGAUGUGCCACCUCUGUGCGGCAUCAUUAUAAACCAAAUUCCAAGCCUGCAACUGUGGCAUCAAGGACAUUUAACCACAAACCUUUGGGACACAAAGACAGAAAAGGAGCCACAAAGAAGAAAAAUCUCCAUGCAGAAAUGAGCACUGAUAGAUGCAAGGCAACGCCUGUUUUUGAAGCAAAGAGAACAGCUGGGUAUAACUAUGGACUACCACUGAGUACUCCUCCUCCUCAAAGCAAACAUGCCAGGCAAUCAGAAGAGCAGCGGAUUAAGGUGUGUGUCAGGAAAAGACCGCUGACGUGUGCCGAGAGUCGACGAGGAGAGGCAGAUGUUGUGACAACGCCAGGUGGAGAGUGUGUGAUUGUCCAUGAAGGCAAGGAAGCUGUGGAUCUUUCACAAUAUAUACUACAGCACAAGUUCUACUUUGACCAAGUUUUUGGGGAGGAGAGCUCCAAUGAAGAGGUGUACCGAAAAACAGCAUAUCCUCUGGUGCAGCACAUGCUCAAAGGAGGCAAAGUCACCUGCUUUGCAUACGGCCAGACAGGUGCAGGGAAGACUCACACCAUGCUCGGUUCACCUACCAGACCAGGAUUGUAUGCUCUGGCAGUUCAGGACAUCUUUGCUCACCUGGCAACCACACAUUCAUCCCAGCUGGUGUAUGUCAGCUUCUUUGAGAUCUACUGUGGCCAGCUGUAUGACCUGCUGGACCACAGGAAGAGGUUAUAUGCCCGGGAGGAUGGACGGAGAAUGGUUCACAUUUCAGGGCUGCGUGAUGUCAGAGUCAACUCAGUCAGCUCGCUGCUCGAGGUGAUUUCUCAGGGUACAGCAGAACGUACACAGGGGAUGAGUGGCGUGAAUCCACUCUCUUCUCGAUCCCAUGCCUUGCUUCAUAUUCAACUUAGAGAUCCAAACCAGCAGAUAGCUGGCAGAAUGUGGUUUGUGGACCUGGCAGGAAGCGAAAGAGCAUCAGAUGCCAAAGAACCUGACAGGCAAAGCCGCCUGGAGGGAGCUGAAAUCAACCAGAGUCUGUUGGCUCUCAAAGAAUGCAUCCGGUCACUUGAUCAAGCACAAUCGCACACACCUUUCAGGCAGAGCAAACUGACUCAGGUUUUGAAAGACUCUUUUGUCGGUGACUCAAUGACGUGCAUGAUUGCCAACAUUUCACCUGGUCACACAGCAACUGAGCACACACUUAAUACACUGAGAUAUGCGGAUCGGGUAAAAGAGUUGAGAAGACAAAGAGGACUGAGAGGAAGAAGAAGAAACAGAAGCAAGACAGCAACCUCGCCCAAACAUAACCUGUUCAGCAGCACUACUGAUAGCAGUGUUAGCACUAGAGGGAAAAGUCCUCCAAAAAAGCCAAAGUUAACAAGGCAGAGCGAGGCUUUUGGUCCCACCACUACUAUCACAAGGUCACCUGUGGGGAGUGCAUUUCUCUGUUCCACACCCAAAAUCAGCAAAUGUGGAGACGAAGCAGAUGCAAGAAGCAGGGAAAAGAUCGGACUUGAACAUAUUGCACCAGUUAGAGGUUGGCUGAGAAUGGGUGACAAAAGGCAUAGGAGUAAUGGAGCAGAUAAAUUAGAAGGUGGGAGAAUAGGAAAUGACGGGUAUGAAAGUACUGAGAGACAGUCUGUUUGUGAGCAAAGCCCUGGGGCAGUGCUGGUGUUGGGACAACCAAAAGACAAGCAGGCGCACUCAUGGAAGGUGCAAAAGGAGGGAGAAGCCCGUGAGGCUGAUUUAUCUUAUACUGAAAGAAAAUCUGAAUUCUGUUCCAGAGAAGAAGAGAAUGAGCAACAUAUUUUAAAAGGGGGAAUAGAAAAAGGUCAAAAGAGCAGAGAUGCAAACAGCAAAGGGGAAAGGCUAAGGCACAGAGAGUUACCAAAUGCUAAUGAAAGGGAUAAGGAGAGAGAGAGGCAUCUGAGAUGGUAUCACAAGCAGCUGCAGCAGUUUAUACCCUCAUCUGUUUCUUCAUCCAUACAUCUCUCGUCACCCUCUACAUAUCCAUCUUCAUCAUCACCAUCCUCUACUCGGGGCUCUGUCUUCAACCUCUCCAUUUCAUCCCAUAUGAGUCACAGUUUGGAACAGGUUUUAGAUGGAUACACAGCCAGAUCUGAAGUUAGGGCUGAUGGUAACAGAGGGCGGGUGCUUUCUCCCAGCGGUGAGAUUCAGUUACAAACUGAAACCUCUUCUGUCUCCAGUAACAUUAAUGAAGAGGAUGCUCAUGGAGACAGUGAUGGUGUUUGGAAAAACUCUAGGGUAUCUUUGGAAGGAAUGCAGGCAGGAUUUGGACAAGAAAGGAGUAAGAGUGAAAAGAGGAAGUCACUUGAGGCAUCAACUGAAGAAAGGCAAAGAAGGAAAGAAAUGGGGCCAGCCGGGAUGGAGGAGGGAGAGGGGAGGUGGGUUUGGGUGGCAAAUAGGGCAGCAGGUGUAAUUCCUAAAAAUUUUGAGGCACAAUUGUCUCGCAGCUGUGAUUCACAAGACAGACUGGAAGUGGGUGUGACAGGACUGGAUGUCUCAGAUGACCCAGCUGAUGGAGUGCAGAGCACUGAGAAGGGAGGAGCAGCUCAGAAAGGGUGUUUAUUGUCUGCUCACAACAACAGCAAUGGCAACAACCUCAUUAGCAACCCUCCUUUUGAGCCACCCCAUCAGCGGGCUCCUGCAGAGCGGCCCCUCUCCCCACCCUGUGAACAUAUCAGCACACUACUGACCUCAGACAUGCUUAGUGAUGUGUCUUUUGAAUCAAAGCAUCCCAGAUCCAUCCCAGAUGCAGCACCAUCAAACAGCCACAGAGAGAAAGAGCUAUGGUUUAAUGCUACUGUCAAUAAAAGACCAUUUUUACAUGUUCAGUCAGCUACAUUACCUCUUACUACUUCCAUCACACCUCCUGAGCCCCUUAACAAACUACCAGAAAAUCCAGCUCACACUCAGGUACACAACCAUUCAGAUGUUAAAAUGAUUGCUUCACCUCAAAAUGAGACUCAGGCAGAUUCUUUUAGUUCCAUCAUGGAACCCCUCAGCAUCUCCCAGCUUCAAGUAGAUCGACAGGUUGCCACAGUCUCUUUCCUCCAAGGGGAAAACAGCAACACCAAAGUGAGUCCUCUUAAGAAUGAGAGUGGAAAAGAAAACAAGCGGGAUGAGGUGGAAAAAGUUGUAGAGGAUGAGAAUGUGGGAUUGCAACUGUGCUUUGUGGAGCUGCCACAAGUAAAAACCCACCACCAUCCCUUAUCUGACACUAUGACAGAUACGAAUCACACAGAGGGAAAACAAGACAUACAAGUCACCAACUGUUACACAGGUAUUCCUGAAGGUUUUUUGGGCUCCCUACAGGACCAAGAGAGCAGUCAGAAACAAACACCAGCAACUCUAUUAAACAAGCCAGCUGCAUCUCCACUUAAAAAAUCUACAUGUGCUGCUAUGCAAGUGUUUUUACCCAGUUUACAUGAUCUAAUCACAAAAGACGCACAAGUGCCACCAGAAUAUGUUCAUAAUGACCACAAAAAAACUCCUUUACCUUCCAUUAUAACACCACAGUUAGAAAGUGACUCAGGUCACACACUGCCAAGCCAGUGUCACGCAGUACAUUCAAAGCAUGUCUACAAAUUGACCACUUUACUCCAACCAAACAAUCUUGGAGAGGAAAGCACCAGUAAUCACCAAAUUAGACCCACAAUCCAUCUGUUUAACCUGGACGACUUGGAUCAUGCAAGGUGGUGUAUUUUCAAGGCCCACUGGGAGCAACUAAAAGAGAUGGAAGCUUUAUGUCUUAAAGAGGGGAAGCUUCUAUGCCAGCAACCUGAUAUGGCAUUUGGGGAAUAUGUCCACAAGCUGGAGGAGAUCAUGGAGAAAAAGGCUUGGUGUGUACACAGGAUUAGAGCUCAGCUGCAGCCAUAUCUGAAGCCUGUUCCCUCUAACCACCCACAAGGUGGAGAUAAUCACAGUUCAACUAGUUGAAUUAAAGUUAAUAAUAUGUAGAUUUUUGUAAUGUGUUUUCACUGCUGUAGCUUGUGUUAUAUACUGUAAUAUAUAUGCUGUGUUUAAGUUUGAUGAGUUCUUCGGGCACCUGGCAGCUUUCAUUUGAUAAGUUUAAUGCCAAGAUGCGUGCUGCACUAACAUGCAAAUAUAUAUUUUUUUAAUGGAAUAUAUGGAAGCUUGUUUCUCCCACUGAAGACUUUUUUUAAUAACUCAAAAGUUUUGACUUUGCUUGGCAUUUUUUUUUUGUGGUGAAACAAGCUUCCAUAAAUAAAGCUGCAAUAACUAGAAGAAAAAAAGUCUGUAAGUGUUCAUGUCAAUUUCCUCUGCUCAUUGUAAUGUGUGUUUUCCCCUUAGACUUUCAGCACUUUCUACAUGCUGAUUUCAGUUCAGACUGUACAAUGUAUUAUAAAACUGACAGAUUCUUUGGAUCAGAUUUUGCACAUAUUGACUACAGAAAACCUCCAUUAUCUUCCAUUAGAACACCACAGUUAGAACGUGUCUCGGGUUACAUGCUCAGAAUGUGCAUUAUACUACUAGAAAAAAUGAAAAGUUUUUAGAAAUCAUUUUUAGAUUUUUAACUUAUGACUUUUAGUUUCAUAUUAUUUUUUUUCUUGCCUUUGCUUGGUCCAUAAAAGAUUUUGUGUUUUUCCAUUAAAAAAAUCUUUGGUUUGAGUCUUAAUUUUAGUUUUAUUUACGCUACUAUUAAUGCUAUCUGGACAAAGAGCUAGAUCUGUGUCUCUGGGAUGACAGCUCAUUGAACCAGACAUUUAUUUGAACUUGAUCUCAGGCUGUGACAGAGAUGCUUGCUUAGCAGACCAUUUUCUAGUGUUAGAUUUUUAUGAUUUCAAGAUUUUUGGUAUCUGGUAUGAUGCUGUCUAUAAGGAAUUUUAAAUUUUCCUCUUUAAAUGUCAGUAUUUUACUUUGGGAAAUACUUACUUUUUUUUACACGGAGUCCAACUGAAAAUGAAUAAAACAAGGACAAAAAAAAAGUCUACCCAAACACAUUUUCUGUUAAAAUCAGACACACAAAUUAUAGGACAAUGCGUUACAUUUAUAUCAGAUUUAUGAAGAUAGCAAGACAGGGAUUGGAGUGACAGAUGGGUGCAAAGUGGGGGUGGGAUUACAUCAGGAAUCUGCUCUGAGCCCCUUGUUUGCAGUGGUGAUGGACAGGUUGACGGAUGAGGUCAGACAGGAAUUGCCACAGACAACACUGUGAUCUGUACCAAGUGUAGGGAGCAGGUGGAAGAGAGCCUGGAGAAGUGGAGGUAUACACUGGAGAAAAGGGGAAUGACAGUAGAAACAAGACAGAAUUGUAAUUGUACCAGCAGGAUCAGUGUGGCUGCGGCUGUGGACACCCAUCUCCCUAUGUUAGUCUUGUCUCUUUUUCUCUGGAUGGUUGUUCUGAAUGAAAUUUUGUAAU